ACUUCCCGGUGCAAACGAAAGUUAGAGUAACAGAAGAGAAGAGCCAUGGAGAUGCAGGAGAUCACCAUCGAGAGCAAAAGAGGCGAAGAGAAUGAAGAACCAGGUGAAUCGAUGCUGGAGACCAACGCUGAAAGUACAGGACAUUUAAUUAAAGCAGAGGAAGCAGAACCAGAACCCUACUCUACACUACAUAGUCCAUCUGAGGAUGUUUAUUCAGAAGCUUUUUAUGGUGGCGCUCCAGUUAAGACAAAAGCAGGCAAACAGACUGAGGGAAACAUACGUCUGUACCGUGCUGUGUGUGUGAUCCUCACAAUAAUCUGCCUGGUCCUGCUGCUGGUCGUCAUUAUCCUCAGUGCAAAAUUCCAAACUGGAUCCGCAGUCUGCCCGGACAUAGAGGAAACUAAAGCAACAAACAGACAAAGCCCUUCACUUACUCCAACAUGCAACUAUGAACAGUGCCAGACUCACUUCAGCAACAUUCAACCCCAGUAUCUCGGCUGUCAGCAGUGCGCUGAUGGGUGGCUGACUUUUGGCCGAUCGUGUUUUUUCCUGUCCACCGUCAGGCUGAGCUGGGAUGAGAGCCAGAGGAACUGCAGCGCUAGAGGAGGAUCUCUUGCUGUUAUUAACAGCCAGUUGGUUCAGCGUUUUCUGACUAAGGAGGGGAAAAUGAAAUACUGGAUCGGGCUGAGAAACAAAAAAGAAACAUGGACCUGGGUCAACAACACUGUGCUGGGAGAGAGUUAUUGGGCUGAAACACCAGUGGGGAAUUGUGGGAUCCUCAACAGUGGAAACCCACCUGAGAAGAACUGGAUCACAGCUUCCUGCGAAGCCUACACCUACUUCAUCUGUCAGCUGCAGAUGCAACCGCCUAUUUCUUAACAGAAUGUUGAAAAAACCAAAAUUCUGCCAACAGGCUUCAACUCUUCAAUAACAUCUCAAAUGAUUUAUCUUUCUACUUCACAUUUCAAUCAGUACUACCCAGCAGAAAAAGAUUAAGCUCCUUAGAUAAUAGUUUUAUAUUUAAUUGUUUAAAAAUAUGUUCAGUCAGAUGUUUGUAAGCAAUUCUUGUAGCAUUGUGUUUCCUAAUUUGUAUUCUAUGAUGUCAGUUAUGCCUACAAGUACUAUUAAGCACUAAUCAUUGUACUACUUGGAUAGACUACUGGAUGAUUACUUAUACUGCUGUUUGACUUUAUCACAAAUAAAGGCCAGUCAAUUUGGU